AUGUUGGAUCAGAAGAUCUUACGAACACCAGCCGUAAUAAUUGACAAUGGAUCUGGCUCAUGUAAAGCCGGGAUCGCAGGUGAGAAUAAGCCACGGGCAUUUGUCACGUCUGUCAUUGGCCACCCAAAACAGAAAGCGGAGGAAUUCUACGUGGGGGAGACAGCCCUCUCCAAGAAAGGUGCUGUGGUGUUGAAUUAUCCCAUUGAGCGUGGCAGGAUCACCUGUUGGAAUGACAUGGUGAAACUGUGGAGGCAUAUUUUCGAAAAUGAGCUUAAAAUAAAAGCCAGCGAAAGGCUUCUGCUGCUUUCAGAACCACCCCUGAAUCCGCCUCAGAAUCGGGAAAAAAUCACAGAGGUGAUGUUCGAAUGUUUCAAUAUUCCAGGGAUGUACCUGUCCGUCCAAGCGACGUUGGCUCUUUAUGCGUUAGGACGCACCACCGGGUUGGUCAUGGACAGUGGGGAAGGCGUAACCCACACCGUCCCUAUCUAUGACGGGUAUUGUCUACCUCAUGGGGUGUCCAGACUUGAUGUCGGAGGGAAGGAUGUUACGGAAUAUCUCGCCAGUCUCCUUUUGGAGAACAGCCAUUCUAUCAGCAGUGCCAAGAAAACCAUGGUGAAGGAUAUCAAGGAAAAGUUCUGCUAUGUGGCCUUGGAGCCCACGCAGGAAGUCAAGAAGAAUGCCGAGAAGGUCCUCAAGCUUCCAGACGGGAAUUCCGUCCGGAUCAAUCUGCAUCUCUGCCAAGCACCGGAAAUCCUGUUUGUGCCAAAGACCAUAGGCAUUGAAGCACCGGGGAUCCACACCAUGAUCACCAAGAGCAUCAAGAAGUGUGACAAGGACAUCUAUGCUCCUCUCUGUGGGAAUGUGAUCCUCGCAGGGGGAUCGUCUCUCUUCCGUGGACUGGAUGAAAGACUUUUGAAAGAGGUGGAGCAGGAAGUUUCCAAGAAAGUUCCAAUGCGAAUUGUAGCCUCUCCAGAAAGAUCUUAUGCCAGUUGGGUUGGCGGCUCCAUCCUUACGCAUCUGACCUCUUUCGAACCCAUGUGGUUUACGCGUGAUGACUACAAAGAGUUUGGUGCGGCUGGAGUCCAACAUAAGUGCUUUUAA